GGCAGGUAUGGCCUGCCUGCCUGAACGGCCUGCCAGUGACACUGAGGCAGGCAGACAGUUGCAAGAAGACCAAAUUCUGCUGCUGAUGUCACCCUGAAGCUUCACUGGAUCAGCAAUCAUGGCGUUUAAACCUCGUCCACCCAAUGAAGAUACGACUCUGACUUAUGUCAGCACUGUAACCACCAAGGAGCUGAAUACUUACACGACGGAGUAUGCUGAUGGUUGUGAGUCUGAUGAGUAUGAAGGCGAGGAAGAUGUGGAAUCACCAGAACAUAGACCUGAGCGCAAAUCAUUUGCAAACAAGCUAAGCUCUGCUGUGAAAAACUUCUCUCUUCCUUCACCUGAAGAAAUAAAGAACAGCACCUUCUACAAAAGCUUCCAGCAACCAUUGAUUGUGAAAUCUAAGGUUCAGUCUACUCAUGUUCAGCAAACUAACCAAGCUGUUACCAUGGGCAAAACUCCUGCAGAGCUCAGUAGAAUUUCCAAACUAUCUGAUUUUCCACUGCCAAGCUUCAAGAAACAUCAUGAAGAUAAAAUGGAAAAUUCAGUGGCAGUCAUGGAAGCAACCAGCAAUGGUGAUUUGGCAUCUGAGAGCAUAUAUGGUACCCUAACAAGAUCACUGCGGGAAACCAAACUGAUUACUGCUGUGGUAGAAACUGAUGCCGAUGAUGAAACUCUUGUCAAGAGGAUGGAAUUAACUAAGACCAUGAGUCCUGCUCAGCUGUCUCAAAUAAAUUCUAUCACAGAAUUCCCAAUUCCUGACAAAUUUAAGCUUAAAAAUCUUCAAGCUAAGCCUGCUGAAAAUGGGCACUCUGCCAAGGAAAAUGGAAAGAAUAAAGAAUGUAACGAAGAUCAUGAAUCUAAUGAAAAGCAUGGGCAUUUUCUAUUGCCUGAAAGUUUCAUGGAAACCAAGCUCAUUACCAAUAUAAAAGAAUGCCAUGAUUAUGAUACCCUACGAAAAAGACAAGAAAUUGUUAAAACCAAAACCCCUAAAGAGUUGUCUUCAAUUUCUGGCCUUGGGGAUUUACCGAUUCCCUCAAAGAUUGAGAAAUUGAUGAAGAAGGGAGGAGGUUCUACUCCUAGUGGGUUGAAUGUCAAAUCCCUGAAAGACCAAGAAUUUGAAUUUUCAGUCCCAGCCUCACUUAAAAUUAACCUUGCAGUUACAUCAAAGGUUGAAGAUGAAGAAGUAGUUAAACUUCACAAGGAACUUCUUGAGUCCAAGACAAUUGCAGAAUUAAGCCAAAUAAGUUCAUUCAAUGAUUUUCCCAUUCCAGAAAUGAUUGAAAAUCUAAUGAAAAAGAAAGAUGACACUGAAAAAAUUAAAUCUAGUAGCCUAAGUUUGUCAAGGAUAACAAGCGGAAAAAUAUUACCAGAAUCUCUGACAGAAACCAAAUUAAUAACAAACAUAAAAGUUGAAAAAGACCAAGAAAGGCUGCAGUCCCGUCAAAAUCUAGUAAAGAACCAUACCCCAGCAGAACUUGGAAGCAUAAAAAAUAUGAGCGACUUCCCUAUUCCAUCAAGGCUGCAGCAUUUGACACUUCCAAAGUUCAAGGGAAGUACAGCAAAAUCACUGAAUGACAUUGAACAAUCAGAAUCACCUGCAGUUCCUCCAAGACAAAAAUCAUGCAAAGAUAGCAUUUAUGAAUCUUUGCCUAGCUCAUUAAGAAAUGAAGUAAUUGUAAGAUCCAGAGUAAUCACAGAUGAAGAAUCAAAACUUCGACAAGAGCUUAUCAGGUCAAAAUCACCUGUGGAGCUCUCACAAAUGAGCAGUCUGAAGGACUUCCCAGUACCACGAACAAUUGAAAAGCUUUUUGAAAAUGAAAAUCAAGAAGAACAUAAUGAUGAAGAUGGCAAUAACAGUUUCCUCCAGAAAUUCUCAACCUUGCCACCAUCAUUAAAAACAAACCUUCUUGUUGGAGUGAAAACUGAAGAUCAAACCUUAGCUCAUGAACGAUCUGAAACAAUUAAAUCUAAAUCUGUGAGUGAACUCUCAGAAAUUAAAUCAGUUUCUGAUAUCCCUGUACCCAGCACACUUACCCGCCUAGCAAAACGAGACUAUGCCUCGGCUGUUGAAAGAAAGAAACUUUUUAAACAGCAAAUGAAAAGCCAGUCAACACAAUCCCUUUCUCUUCAGGGCACAUUGCCAAGGUCUCUCCGGGAAAAACAACUACUUGUCACAUCAAAAUUUGAGGAUCCAGAUGUUUUGUUCUCCAGAAGAUCUCUAGUUGAAAGUAAAAGUGUUGCCGAACUCUCUAAGGUUUCUUCAUUUGGAGAUUUCCCUGUCCCUGGAUUUUUAAGCAAACUUUCAUCUAAAAGCCUGGGAAAACUUGAUUUUAUGUCAAACGGCCACCUGCAAGAUCCUGAAGAACAAAACUCUAAUUCCAAAACAGGAUUUUAUUCCACUCUCCCGAAAUCUCUAAACUGUGAACUCCUAGUCAGUAAAAGUGUGCAAGAUGUAAGUAUUCUGGAACACCGGAUGCAACUGAUCAAUGAAAAAAGUACAAAGGAACUGGCACAAAUGGCAUCUGUCAAAGAUUUUCCAGUUCCUGAUGUGAUUCAGCGCUGGUAUCACAAAUCUAUGGAUAGACUUCAUGGAGUUAAGGAUGAAGAGGGUCUGACAAAUGGUGUAUCUACACCAAAUUUGAAACUACCCAGCAUGCUGACCCAACCUUGCAUUGUCACCACUAAGAUUGAGGACCCCCAAGUCCUCAUGGAGAGACAGCAAAUACAGCAACAAAAGAGCAUUCAUGAGCUCUCAAAAAUCAGAAAUCUCAAUGAAUUACCAAUCCCAGGAAAUAUCAUUACUCUACCAAAUGUACCAUUACCAAGGAUGAAAGAUAUUCUCCAGUUGGUUGCAAGAACACCAAGGAAGAAGUCUUCCCCAUCUUUGCCAAACAGUCUUCAAGUUUCUCCCCCUGAAAGUGUUAGACCUUAUGAGUCUAGCAUAAUGGACGAGGAAGAAUACUCAAAUAUUGAAGACAGCUAUGAAGUUAUAAAUAAAGAAAAGACAGAAUCACCCCAAAUAGAUGUUGAUCCUGAAGACUUUGGCCUAGCCUCUCAAGUCAAAGGAACACCUGAAAGAAACACAAGAAACAAGAAAAAGAAACCCGAAUCUAGAAAUAGAAGAAGUAACGAAGAAAAGGAAGAAAGUGCCACAGAGAUGUUUGAAACUCCCCCACCUCUACCCCCAAAGAGAAGUCCACAGAAGUCUGUGUCUGUUGAGUCUCAACAAUCUGAAGAAGUAGACGGAUCCCCUUCUCCCAUCAAGGGCGUCCUUACUCUUGAAGCCAUGAAUGGAAACAUUCAGGUAACUAAGAAUGAAGUUCAGUCUCGGCCCUUGCCUGCUCCUCCAGCACCAGCCAGGUAUGGAAGAGUAAAAGAGUAUGACAGAACUAUUUAUGAAGAAUCUCAGAUGUUCCAGACCUGCCGUGAAACUCUUACAACUGGCAGUAGGACCCUCAUAGGAACAGAGGAUGAUGAUAACACCAUGGCAGACAGUCUAAUUGAGAGUCUGGUAUCCUGUGCAGAUACACUUAUCUGUGAUGAUGACCAGGAAAUGGAUGAUGAUGACAAUCCGUACCCAAGUGUGAAUUUUGAAGGAGGCUUUUCAGAGCUACAUGAAGUUGAGCCGCCAAAGACUGGUAAACGACUGGAGGAGGGAACUCAAAAGCUGAGUCUCGAACUUAUGGAGCAUGUUGAAAGCUUGCGAAGUACCCUAGACAAUAUGUCCAACAGGUUAGGAGCGCGCUCACGCUCCCGUAGCAGUAGCAGACCACGCUCUAGACCCCACAGCAUUCAUAAAUAGAUAGUGAGGAAUGUAAGGGUAGACAGACAUUGAAAACCCCGAACCUGCGAUUUUUGUGGAUUCAUUUUUAUUUUGGAAAAAAA